AUGGAUUUAAUACCAGCCUGCCAGGAGGAGCCCCUCCUGAGAAACAUCUUGUAUUGCAAGAGGGGGUUAGCAGAGGCUCUGAAGGAGCCGCUGCAGCACAGUCUCAUGUCGGAUUACGCAUACACCAUGGGUCGAUAUUUUUUAUUUGACCCCGUGGGCUUGACUGCGCAGUCGCAGACAGGCCUACGCCAGCCCAACUCACCCGAUCCAUUGGUCGGCCCAACUUUGCCGACAUGCUUUGCUAAAGAAGAAAAAAAAACCUCUGCACCAAUGGAGCCAACCAAGCGAUCGAGCACUCCCGACGCCGGACCAACGGUCGUCGUAGCACCCAAGCAAUCAAUCACUCCCAAUGUGUCAUCAAGAGCACAAAUCACAGAAGAAUCACACAAUCAAGACACCCCAGAAAGCUCCCCAGACCCCCAAAACCAAUCAGGAAUCCCCUCAAGCACAGCCCCCAUGGAUAAUAUUAUUUCCCAGACAGAAACUCCACAGCCCUGA